CUGUUUUCUCUCAGUGUGUUCAGGGUUGAGUGAGUGUUCACUGCGGCUGUUGUGGGACGGCAACGGGGCUCAGAAAGAAGUAAAGGUGGAUAUUGUGGAUUGUCGCGCGAGUUGUCAGUUCAGUGACUGAGUUUGGGUUCGAGGCUUAACACGAUUUAAACGCGUCACUAUAUCGCAGCUUGGAUAUAUUGUCGUGCCAUGGCUCUGCGAGCGAGAGCUCUGUAUGACUUUAAUUCAGAAAAUCCGGGGGAAAUAUCGCUGAAGGAGCACGAGAUUGUGAGUCUGUGCGGCGAGCAGGACAUUGAUGGGUGGCUUGAGGGGACGAACUCCAGAGGGGAGAGUGGGCUCUUCCCUGCGUCCUACGUUGAGAUAUUGAGGAAUGACAACGUGUCGUCGUCUUUAAACAACAACAGCUCUGGUUAUUCCAAAAGUCCCAGUGGUGGUUUUAACCCACCACCACCCAGCUUUGCAACCUGUCCGGCACUACCUCAGACACAUCCAGGUUCCCCGGCCAGUGAUGACGACUGGGAUGACGAAUGGGACGAUCACUCAUCUGUGACAGACGAGCCAAGAGGUGGUGGACAUUACACGAACUAUGACGGAAAUGGACCCUCUACCUACAGUAUCUCCACAGCAUCGAUCCCCAGAGGCGGGCAGCACGCCAAGAGUUCAGCCACAGUCAGCAGAAAUCUGAACAGGUUCUCGACUUUCGUGAAGUCUGGCGGUGAGGCUUUUGUGUUGGGGGAAGCGUCUGGAUUUGUGAAGGAUGGAGAUAAAAUCUUUGUCGUCAUGGGUCAGUACGGUCCGGAGUGGCAGGAAAACCCCUACCCGUUUUCUUGCACUAUUGACGACCCGACCAAACAGACGAAAUUCAAAGGCAUGAAAAGUUACAUUUCCUACAAACUGACACCGACCCACACACAGAACCAGCCCAACAGAAGAUACAAGCAUUUCGAUUGGCUAUACGCCCGGUUGGUGGAAAAAUUCCCCGUCAUCUCUGUGCCGCACAUCCCGGAGAAACAAGCAACGGGUCGUUUCGAAGAAGACUUCAUAUCCAAGAGAAGAAGAGGGUUGAUAUGGUGGAUGAACCAUAUGACCAGCCACCCAGUGCUCGCCAGGUGCGAUGUUUUCCAGCACUUCCUCACCUGCCCCUCCACGGAUGAAAAGCUUUGGAAGCAGGGAAAGCGGAAAGGCGAGAAGGACGAGAUGGUCGGCGCUAAUUUUUUCCUCACCAUCAGCACCCCUGCCGCCCCCCUGGACUUGCAGGAUGUUGAAAGCAAAAUCGAUGGUUUCAAGACCUUUUCCAGAAAAAUGGACGACAGCGUGGUGCAAGUCAAUGCCACGCUCAGUGAGUUUGCGAGGAAACAGAUCGCUGGGUUCAAGAAAGAAUAUCAGAGAGUGGGACAGUCUUUUAAAUAUCUAAAUCAAGCGUUUGACCUCGACCAACAGUCUUUCUCGGCCGGUUUGAACCAUGCGAUUGCAUACACGGGGGAAGCCUACGAAACUAUUGGAGACUAUUUUGCAGAGCAACCUAAACAAGAUGUGGACCUGGUGAUGGAUUUGUUAGCCUUGUACCAAGGACACCUUGCGAACUACCCUGAUAUCAUCCAUGUACAGAAAGGAGCUCUCACAAAGGUCAAAGACAGUAAAAAGCACAUAGAGGAAGGAAAGAUGGAGAGUCAGCAAGCCGACGGAGUCCUGGAACGCUGCAACAUCAUCUCUUUCGCAACGAUGGCUGAGAUCCAGCACUUCCACCAGAUUAGAGUGCGAGACUUUAAGGGUCAGAUGCAGCACUUUCUACAACAGCAGAUCAUCUUCUUCCAGAAGAUCACUGGCAAGCUAGAGGAAGCCCUGCAGAAGUACGACAAUGCCUAAACGGGUUGGACUGACAGAGCCUCAUCUUGCUCAGCAGAGAGACAGACGGACAUCAGCCAAUCACAAGCCAGAGAACUUUCCUGUCGAUAACUCUGUCCCCACAUAAUGUAUGUCAGUUAUGAGGAAUAUAAGGAUAUAAUGAGACAAUGAUAUUACUCUCUGAAAAGUGUAUUUCUAGAGAAGAUUUUCGAGGGUUUUGACUGUAUUAUCCUCUGAGAAACUAAUAAGGAUUACAGCGACACGCAGGAAUACAAGUCAAAGACAGAUUUUAUUCUAAUAUAAUCACUGAGAGCAUGUCAUGCUAAUAUAUAAUGUUUUGAGUGUCACCGAUGUAUCGAUAUGACUGCCAGCUUUAAACACUUCUUAGCUUUUUUUAGACUAAAGUUUACAGCCCCGCUGACAUCCCUGUUGUGCCUUUAAUUCCGUCUCAUUGGUAUUUUCAGAAGUUGUUAAUAAGUUAUAUAUAUAUAAUUUUUUUCUAAAUUUGUUUUACAAGACUUGAUUUUAAAACAAAGCUUAAAGUCAGAGUAAAGUGACAUUAAAAUACUGUGUUUUGAGUUUGUCACACAACAAUAAAGUCUGUUAUUAACCACCCAGCCAAAUUUGAAUGGAGAAAAAAACCUCCAAGUAAAUAAAAUAAGUUAUCAAUAAGUUCUAAGCUAAAGUACUCUCCGCUCUCAAACGCUGGGGGCGUGGCGCUGAAGCCAUGCCCACUCGUGGCGCUCGUCCUGAACCUGAGUCCCCGGCCCAGAGGCUAUAUGUGAAUUAUGUGAAUAUGUUUUAUGGGAGGAUUUGAAUUCAAACACGCGCAAUAUUCAUCAAUAGUGCAGCGAUCCUCCAUCCGUUCGCGUUAUUCUCCUCCGUCCAUUCGAGUCUGCGUUACCAUUUACUUGUUAUUUGACGUGAUAUUUGUUUAGUUGGGCAGAGUGAGAGGCUGAAAGCGUAUGCGUGAGAGCUUACAACCCUGAGCUUGUGAUUGAGCAGACACCUGAUGUUAGGCGCUCUAGUGAUAGGGCGUCAUCGUUUUAGCCCUGCCCAAAAAAUCCUGAACAGAGAAUUGGUGAAAAUCGGUUUCACGAUUUAACUCCACAGUUCAGUUCUACAUACUUCUGAGACUUUAUGAUGUGUUUCAGCAAUACAUUUCUAACAUCUAUAAUGUGUUUAGAAACAAAACUCAGAAUUCUCUACACCCGGACUUUAAACUUGUAGGGUACUGUAGCUCACUCCAUAAACUUCAAGCGUAGUUGUUGCUGGUUACAAUGCCCUAAUUUGGUGUUCUGACAGAUUUUUGUAUCGUGAUUUUUUGGACACAAGAUACAGAUUGCGUCAUUACUGAAAGACUUGUAACAAUAAGACAGACACCUGAGCAUGUGGAAAUGUGAACAGAAAGCAUAGCACUCUCAGGAUUCCAAGACUUUUCCAGUGAUUUUGGUCAUCUUGACUACAAACUAAUGUGCUCAGACAAUUGAGUUCAUUUUUUACUAAAAAAAGUACUUUUCAUUGUGGAAGAAAAACAUAAAGCUGUGCUGAAAUUUCCGAAAUAAACGAUUCACAUAACUUUG